UAAAGACCUCAUCUUUCUUCAUCUUCUUCUUUCGUUAAUCGGUGCUAAGUUAUUAUAUUUACAAAGAGAGAAGGAAAAGAUGGUGGUGGAAGGAAUGAAAUGCGGCGGCGUCAAUGGCGGGCAAGUGGUGGUGGACGACGACAUGGGAGACGGCAUGCAGUGCAGUGACCAUCCGUACAGGAACAACCCAGGCGGGAUCUGCGCCUUCUGCCUCCAGGAGAAGCUCGGCAAGCUCGUCUCCUCCUCUUUUCCUCUUCCCAUUCGCGCCUCCUCCUCCGCCGCCUCCUCCACUUCCUCUCCCAACUCCUUCAGAUCUGACUGCCUAAACAGCAAAAACGACGCCGUUCUCAACGACUGUCGUUUCUACAAUGCCGACGAGUACUACGCCACAACAAACGCCAGAGCUGCUCGCCCGAGAAAUGGAAGUAUUACUAAUAAUGGUAAUGGGAGUAAUAACAAUAAUAUUUCGUUUCUUUUGAAUGUCGUUUUGGCGAAGAAGAAGAAGAAAGUUGGUGUUGUAGCAGCGUCGUCGGGGUCGUCGUCAUCGAUGGCGGAUCAUGUCGUUUUGAAGCGGAGCAAGUCGACGACGACGCCUCGCCGUGGCAGAGGAGGGCGGUUUCUGGAAGCUUCUGAUGAUUUAAGCCCUAGGAAGAGAGGGGGCUUUUGGUCUUUUCUCUACCUCUCUUCUUCGUUUGCUUCCACUAAGAAGGGAUUUGCGAAUGGGGAGAGCUCUAAGACGGCGUCGUUUUCGUCCGUGACGUCAGCCGGUUUGGCUGUGAAGCCGAAAGAGAGGAGACCGGACCGGGAACGAGAGCGAGAGCGAGAAACCGCUUCCUCCGUCGUCGUUUUGGAGGAAAACGACAGCCCGAACAGCCAAGCGACAGCCUCGGCGUCGUCGUUCGAGAGGAAGGUGUCGAGAUCCAGAUCCGUCGGCUGCGGCAGCCGGAGCUUCUCCGGCGACUUCUUCGAGAGGAUCUCCACCGGCUUCGGCGACUGCACGCUCCGGCGCGUGGAGUCCCAAAGAGAAGGUAACGGCGCCGGGAAACCCAAAUCCUCCGCCACGUCAUCGCACCACGGCGGCGGUGAGCACCACUGCAUGAAGGAGCGCGUGAAGUGCGGCGGAAUCUUUGGCGGCUUCAUCCUCACCUCCUCGUCGUCCUCCUCCUCAUCCUCCUCCUACUGGGUCUCCUCCGCCGACGACGUUAAUGGGCCGAAGCAUGUCGCUGGUGGGCCGGGCCCACUUGCUCAUGGCCGGAUUCGGAGCUGGGGAUGGGCCUUCGCUAGCCCGAUGAGAGCCUUCGGUAAGCCCAGUGGGUCCAACGGGAAAAGAGACAUAAUCCGACAAGCUUCCGAUAAGAACUCAAGUGCUUCCGCGACAACUACGACAACUCCGAACUUGGCUGCAAUUCCUUCCUUGCUUGCUGUGAGAGGCUAGUAGACGUACUAUUACAAGCUUUAAUAAUAUUAAUAAUCAUAAUAAUGAUAAAUAUUAUUGUUCUUGUUUGUUACACCAUUCAAAGGUUUAUAUUUAUUGUUUCUUUUUUUUUUUUUUAGCUGUUUAUUAUGAAUGCCCAUGUCGAUCAAUCGGAUUUUAGUCUUUUAUGAUGCUAUAUUUUAUUUUAGUGUAAUGUAACAACAAUAUUUUGGUCUUGAAACAAAAA